CGGCGGCCCGGAGCGGAGCGGAGCGGAGCGGUGCGGGAUGUCGGGGCGCUGCGCGGCGCUGCUCGCCCUCGGCCUGGCGCUGGCGGCCGCCGACCCGCUCUGGCCGCCGCUGGGCGACACCCGCGCCUGCCGGGGCCGCUGCGGCCGGGCGGCGCGCGGGGACGCUGUUCUCAACGCCUGUUACCGCGGGUGCCGGCUGUUCUCCAUCUGUCACUUUGUGGAUGCGAGUGCGGAGCUGAACGCAACCAGAGCUGAGUGUGAAUCAGCUUGUGUGGAAGCCUACGCCAAGGUGGAGGAGCAAUUCGGCUGCGUGACAGGCUGCAGGAAGCAGCUGCCUGAGAUGGAGAGCAAGAGAGACAAGAGUCUGGAGCUGAAGCCUGCAUCCUUCUCCAUGUUCAACUUGGUUUCCACCUUCUGCAACGACAUUGUCAGCUCAGCCCAGAGCUUCAUCUCCUCCACCUGGACCUUUUACCUGCAGGCGGACGAUGGCAAAGUGGUGGUGUUCCAGUCCCAGCCUGAGAUUGAGUUCCCGGUGCCCGAGGUGCAGGCGCCCAAGCUGGACCUGACGGAGAAGGCCUGGCCCGUUGCCAGCCCUGACACCCUGCAGCCCCACACAGACCCUCGGGAGAAGCUGGAGAAACCCCCUGUGAGAGAAGCCAAGGGUAAAGCCAAGAGCCAGCACACAGAGCCCCAGCAACCCGAGCACGACUUCCUGGGCUGCAUGUCCAAGCGCUCGGGCCUUCCUCGCUGGAUCCUGGCUGCCUGCCUCUUCCUCUCCAUCAUGGUGAUGCUGUGGCUGAGCUGUGCCAGCCUGGUGACGGCCCCGGACCAGCACGUCAAGACCCAGCCACUGAGCAUCAACGGGGAUAAGGAGUACCUGGAGGACCUGGCUGCCCCGGCCCCCUUCUCCCUGCACCCCGUCAUCGCGGUCACCAUCUGCCCAGCGGAUGACAGCGAGGAGGCAGGGCCGCUGCCAGUCAAGGUGGACCUGGACAGAACCGUCCUGUAGAGCCCCUGCUGCCACUGUCUCCAGGCCUCGUCCCCUGUGAAUGCUUGGAUGCAGCCUCCCCUCCCCUCCUGUUUGUUCCCUCCCUGCUCCGUCCCUCCGCAGAGCAGCCAGGCAGGGCCGUGCACCACCAGCAUCACAGGUGUGGUCUCCCCCCCACCCCCUGGGCCUGGCCUUGCUAUCCGGGGAGAAGGUCCCUGGGGCUGGGGCUGGGGCUGCAGAGGCAUCACGUGGGGCAGAGCUCUGUGCUGACUCUUUCUGCCUGUGCUCCUGAGUCAAGUCCCAUCUUCCCUGGUUCCACCGCCAGCCCCCUGGGGUGGGAGAGCACUGGGGAGUGCAGAGGGGUGGGGAUCUUGCCCCCGCUUUAGACUGCCUGGGACUGAGGAGGGCACGCGAGCUACCUGGACGGUAGGAAUAGCCUCCUGUCACCUUGCUCAUCUGGAGCCAGUUGGGCAGGAGUGUCCGGCUGGGGUGCAGCCUGCCUGCUGGGACGGGGGCACAUGCCUCGCAGGGGAGGGUCCCGGGUGAGCUCCCCUCCCGGCAGGUCCGGCAGCCCCACUCUGGCCACCUCAGAGGGGAUCCAGCUGGAGGUCCUGAGUGCAUCUGGGGCCCCGGUCAUGGUAGCUGGCAGGCACCUCCCCAAGCUUGUGGUUUCCUCUCUCUGCCCCUCGCCCUGCAAGAUCUGAGGGAGAUGAGGCCCCACAGGGCUCGGUCUAGCUCCAAGAGUGCGGCUGUGCACUUGGGGUGGCCCCGAGCCAGGGGGGAGCAUCUCACUCCCAUCCUCUCCGGCCUGGUCUGCAUUAGAGCAACCCGUGUAACCGGUGCCAGGGGUUUGCACUCCUGCGGCUUCCUUCCCUCCUUGCAGUCAAUCCAGAACGUAGAUGGGGCCUGGGGGCUGCAAUGCAGCAGACAGCGCAACGCCCUGCCUUGCUGCCCUCUGCUCCUGGGCAGGGCCCCGGGCUGUGGCAGGAGCUGCCCAAGUCGGUCACGUUUGGAGAGCAGCUGGCAGCACCAGGCUGCUGCUGUGGGAUCUGGCUGAGAGCUGGCAGCCCCGAGCCAAGCCGGAGGAGGUUCCCUCCAGCUGCCGGAGCAGGAGGGCAGAGACCCCGUCACGAGCUGCAGGGGAACCCCCUGUUGUCCUGACGUGGGUCACGCUGCCCGGGCUGCUCUGAUGGGCACAAUGGUGCUGGAGGCAGGCCAGCUGGGAGGCCCUGCCCUGCUUUCCCAGCUGCCCUGAACCCAGUCCCAGGUCCUGAGCGCCAGCCCGAGCAGACUCCAGUGGCAGGGUGGGCCCGGGGGGCCACUCUUGCUCCUGUGUCCAGGGCCCUGGGACAAGCGUGCCAACCGCGCCGCUUCCUGUGGCUCCGACAGCUCUAGGCUGUGCGCUGACUCCCUCGGCGGUGCCGCGGGGCCACCGCCUAUCCCCGACGUCCCACGUCCCUCUCUCACGGCUUUGCCUGCUCUGGCAUGUGGGUCUAAGUCCCUGUAGCAUGCUCCGUCCAUGCUGCCCUAGAGCACGCCCUCUGCAAAGGACGGACAGCUGGACAGCAGGCAUGCCAGCCGUCUCCUCGCCUGCCGAACGCUGUCUGUACAGAUUAACUUAUUACCUUUCCCUCCCUCGCCUGUGUUUUUAAAGAUGUAUGUCUAUAUAGAGAUCAAGCCUUCCCUUUGCUGACACCAUCUCACUGGUUUCUGUAGAGUGCAUCACUGCACAGAGACUACUGUCCCUUUCCCCCCUUGAUUUCCGUAGUGCUCCUUAUCACUUCUACCAUGUGCAACAUAUCUGUGUGUGCGGGCCGGGGCUGUGCCAUGGGGGGGUGGCAAACCUGGUGGGGUGGGAUGGGAGGGGGGUUGUGUGUUUUCUGGGGUGCAUCCCAUGGUUUCUCAUUGCUGCUUUUCAUCAGCGCAGCUCGGUGCAAAGCUGGUGGAGUCUGUGGUGUUGUGCUGGCAGGCGCGUGCGAGCCAUUAAUGUUCCCAUAGUGGAAAGCCCGUCUUGGCUGUGGCUCCGAGGGGAGCUGGGUUGAAUGCGGGGGGCGGGGGGCGGAGAGUCGUGGGGCAACUGCAGAUCCAUCUGUGUAUCCAUGUCUGUCUAGAAGUGUUGGAGAGAGAUGGUUUGUUGUUUUUAUUUAAAAUAAGAAGAAGCCUGGGGGUGGGGGGUGGGA